AUGUUGAAUAUGAAGGAACCAACUUACGAUCAAACGAAGUUCCGAAUCUUGAUGAUUCACGGCUUCGCCGGCAGCGCAUCAGAAUUCCGCACCAAGUCUGGUCGCAUCGCAAGCAAAAUCAUCGAAUCAGUGACCCCGCAGAUCAUCGACGAGUUCCCCGGCGGCAUCGAGUUCUUAUACCCCAAUGCACCUUGGACCCUCGAAGCCCCGAUAGGACUGGGCGGAAACACCAAUGACGAUGAUACAGCCGAUACCAAGUUCUACGGCUGGUGGCACGGUCUAGAUACCGUAAGCAAGUACAAAGGUCUCGAGGUCUCGCUCUCCUCGGUCGCAAGAUACAUCCACGGCCGACCAAUCCAUGCCAUCUGUGGCUUCUCACAGGGAGCCGCGCUCUCAGGCAUGAUCACCUCAAUGCUGGAGUGCGGUAACAAUCCAGAAAAAGCAGCCGCAAUCCGAUCGCAGAACCUGCCUGUUGACGAGUUCUUGAAUCUGCCCGGCCAGAAACAGCUCAGAUUCUAUAUUGGCAUUGCUGGAUUCCGUGGGAACUACUACAGAAGCCUGUACCAAUCGCCGUUACAGACACCCAGCUGUCACGCCAUAGCAAAGUUCGAUACCAUGGUCGAACAUUUCCAGACUAUGGAUCUCGCGCAAAAUUUCGACUCGUACGAAACUGUCCAUUACUACGGUUCGCAUUAUACACCCCGCGACCCCGCGACCGUGGAUUAUCUCGCUGCGUUCGCGCUGAGCCACGCUUGUGGCGAGAACAAUUCGUCGCUGUUCCCGCCUCCGUCGCCUGCGUCGCAGGCUGAUAGUGACGAAGAGAGCAUCACAGCGCGAUCUGACCGGUCUGUCAGGUUGUUCCCUAACUGGGUCAAAUCGAGAAAGAUCAAUAAUGUCACUGUUGGUGGGCGCUUGGCUGUUGCCCCAAUUAGGCGUGUUCGGUCAUUCAAUUGGUGA